GAAACCUGCAUCGCUCUGAAAGAUCAUGAAAGCCAACCUAUCGGCGUAAUCUCAGUGAAAAUCAACGGUAUUCUGUUCCAGUGCAGAAGAAAUGUGGAAUUUUUCACACGAGAUCAUCAACUUGUAUCCGAAUCUGUGCACAGAUGCUACUCGGCAGGAACAUGCGAUAGAAGUACGUGUGAGAAUAUGUCACCAACCGAGAAAAGCAAAGAAUUUUCAUUCGAGGCGAAUAAUAACCCUGGAUACACUUUUUGCACACCAAGCUGCGGAUGUCUAACAUGCGACGUCGCCGCAGCUCGCGACUCUAUACCAUUCUCUGACAUCCCAAGCUGGACAAAUUCCGUAUGUCAUCAUGGAACAAGCACAACAACCACGGGCUCAACCGCCCCCGGGCAGCUCGGCAAAAACGACCUAUCAACACAAUUUCAACUUCGAGCCCAGGGUCAAAUUUCCGCAUGGAACAAUCUCAAGUUCAGUCUCAUAGGGACAGUCGUCCCCCAACUACCAAUAUUGUCGUCGACAUUCGCGGAAACCGACUACUCCAUCUCAGUGAUCAAGCCUGCUCAUCGAGGACAACUUUCACCUCACAGUGCGGGACAGCUUCAGUGUUCAACGAAGGAACACGCCGACACGUUUAACUGCUCGUUCGCAAUCAACGCCUGUCAGUACACUCCCCCCCCCCGCCAUCUGGUUUCGAAAAACUUUAAGAUCUUUUCAGAAGAUAAGAAAGUGUAUGCCAGAACGAACAUUGGAUCUGCUCUACAACUACAUGUAGUGGCCGAAAACAUGAAAAUAACAGCUCGCCAAUCCAACAGUACCUGUACGAUAGAGGCAAGUGACCUUGUUGGUUGCUACAACUGUAUUGCAGGAGCGGAACUAACUCUCUACUGUCAAUCGAGCGGAACUGAAACAACCGCUAAUAUCGAGUGCCCUUCUCAAACACAAAUGGCGCUUUGCACUUCAUCGGGAUACCUCAACAUUCUCAAAUUCCACUUCGACACUUCAUCUGUCUCCAUGAUUUGCAAUGCUUCCUGUCCCGGAGGAACUGUUUCCUUGGCAGUGAAGGGAGUACUUCUCUACGUUGACGACGACCUCAUCAGAGACAACUUGCAAUCGGAGGCAAAGACAAGAGAUCUUCCAAGAGAUACCACAUUUUUGAGUCAAAUACCCAACAAGUUCAAAGAAUUUGUCGAGUACAGCGCGGCCAUAAGAGACUCGGUGCAUUUUGAUCAUGAGAAAUUCUUACUUGCUGCACAUUUUGACAUAAAAUUACCAAGAAAAGAAAAGCGUCUCACCGCUGGAACAGCUGUGCACUGCAAUAACGAUAGCCGCUCCGAGAAGAAACGACAAAAGUUUGGUCAUGCUGAUUUCAAGACUGAGCUGAGGUCUUGA